AUGGCGCUGGAUGUUCCCACUGGCAAGGAGCAUGUAUCCCUAGAACCUUGGAAUGCUGUUCUGACGACACCGGAACUUAGGCAGGAAUGGGACCCAGCUGCGGAAAAGGCCCACUUGAUAGAGCUAUUCAACCGUAGCAGUCAAAUAUCCAAGACAAACUAUACUCUUGGUUGGCCUGCAAACCCAUGUGACUCUGUGACAAUCUCCCGUGCUUUCUACGACUCCACUACUCUAAUUGAUAUAUCCACAUCCCUUUCACGACCUCCAGAUGAGCCUGCCUAA